AUGCGACCCAUCGUCAGAUUCUCAUCGACCCCUCUGUCCAGAGGUAUAACCACCUCGGCACCCGUAUUGGCAGUAGCGAAACCCAAGAAAGCCGCAGCUGCGUCCAAGGGGGGUAAACAAGGGUUCAACCAGAAGAAGAAAGACGCAGCGUCAGGUGGAAGUGGAGGAAGUGGUCAGGCGACUAUCGCGUUGAAAUUCUCCAUGUCCGGUCAACCACCUGACCUAUCAGAUCUCAAGAGACUACAGCCUAGUAACUACAAAUCUGAAAAUGUCGGUAAAUCCUCUACCUUCACUAAAACAAGUUUCGAUAAAUUGAAAGUAUUCGGACUAUCAAAGAAAGUGGAGAGAGAGUUAUCUUCCAAUGGUGGACCUGCCAGUGUGAUACGACAAUUGACGAUAGAUCUUUCAAAGCAGCUGGAUGGAGAUAAAGGGAAAUCAAGUAAAGAUGCUAGAUAUGUUUUGACUGGAGAAAGAGGUAGUGGUAAAUCGAUGUUGUUGCUCCAGUCGGUAGCAUACGCGUUAGAGAGCGGGUGGAUAGUCCUAUUCAAUCCAAAGGCUACUGAGUGGACCAACUCAUCUUCGCAUUACAUCUACGACUCCUCUACCCAAACGUUUAACCAGUGGCAGGCGUCUCAACAGAUCUUAUCGACUUUAUUAUCGAACAACAAAGAUAAAUUGGAUUCCAUCAAGCUUCCUGCCGACAUCAGUCUACCUCAAGGCAAGACCGCAGCCAAAGGAUCCAAAUUAUCCGAGUUAGUUUCUGUGGGAAGUAAAGAUGAUAGAGUUGCAACGCAGGCUCUGGAUGCUGUCAUGGGUGUUUUGGAACGGCAGACUCAGUACCCUGUGCUUUGGGCAAUAGAUGAAUCUCAGACGCUAUUCACCACCUCCAGAUAUCGCACUCCCGACUACACACCUAUCGAACCGUACCACUUGUCAGCACCUAGAUUAGCACUAGAUUUCAUGUCUGGAAGAAGAUCAUUUGCCAAAGGAACCAUCCUUACUUCCCUUUCCCUAUCUGAUCCUACCAACCUCCCUUCUCCAUCUCUCAUUCAAGGCCUCGCCCUGUCAUCCACUCAACCGCUCACCCCAUACACUCAACUUGAUCCAUACCACCUCUCUCAUGCUUCCUCGAAUCUCAAAAAAAUCGAAGUACCCUACAAAAUGUCUGAUGUGGAGAUAUCAGGGAUGUACGAAUUACUGGUUAAGAAAGGUCUGACAUCGGAGAACCAAUCGGAUGGAUUGUUCAUGGAAUUGAAAUCGUCAAGUGGAGAUAACCCAUAUGAGUUGAAGAGGGGUUUGAACAGGUUAAGGGCGAGUUUGACUAUUUAG